AUGUCCGUCUCCCAUCCCUCCUCCAGUCCCUCUCUUCUCCUCUCCUCCCUUGCCUCUUCCUUUCCCUACGCGAUGCUCCCUCUUCCCGACGCGAUGCUCCCUCUUUCUUACGCGAUGCUCCCCCUUCCCUACGCGAUGCAACCCUUUCCUUACGCGCUGCUCCCCCUUCCCUACCGCUGCUCCCCCUUUCCUACCGCUGCUCCCCCUUCCCUACCGCUGCUCCCCCUUCCCUACCGCUGCUCCCCCUUCCCUACCGCUGCUCCCCCUUCCCUACCGCUGCUCCCCUUUCCGUACGCGCUGUUCCCCCUUCCCUACGCGCUGUUCCCCCUUCCCUACGCGCUGCCCCCCCUUCCCUGCGCGCUGCUCCCCUUCCCUACGCCCUGCUCCCCUUCCCUACGUGCUGCUCCCCCUUCCCUACGCGUCACACACGACUUGCCCACACAUGUUCCCAUCUCCCCUCUCCUCCCUUCCCUUUCCUCUCCUCUCUUCCCUUUCCUCUCUGUCCACCUCCUUCCCUUCCCUGUCUUCGCCUUGCCUCCCCUCCCACUCAUCCCCACUCGCUUCAGUCCCGCAUUCGCUCCUGUCGUUCUCUUCCCUCCCGUCCCUCCUUUCCCUCUCCGGUUCUCGUCGUCCGUCCCUCAUUCGCAUCGCUCACUCGAUCCGUCGCGCACUCCCCCCAUCGCUCGAAUGAAGGCACCGUCCACACAGGGCAACCGCCUUGCAUCGGGCCUGUUGCUCACACACUUACAUGUGACAUUCACUCCCGUUCCACACACUCACUCCUUUCCGCUCCUCUCUCUUUCCCCAUGUCCUUCCCUCCGUUUCCCCUCUUGCCCCUUCCCCCCCUUUCCCGUGUCCUUCCCUCCGUUUCCCACCUUGUCCCUCCCUCCACAUCCCCCUGCCUUUCCCUCCGUUCCCCCCCUUGUUCCUCUCUCUCUCUUUCCCUGUCUCCGGUCUUCUCAAGUUGCGCCCGACUUACGCCUCACGAAAAGGAUGUGCAGCGCCACCACUCUCCUUCCGCAGUUGUGA